AUGAUAAGAGUUAUGAAGACAACACAACAAGCCAGUGUUACAGUUGGGGACCUCGGCCCUUUGAGGGGGGCCUCCACAGUCCUGACAGUCCGGUCUUCUCAUGCAAGUGUAGCCCCUGCAUCCACACCGCACCACGCUCCCUUAGGAACGAACGCCGCCCGGGAGGAGGCUGGGGAGGGCCACGGACCCGCGACACUGGACACCCGCCCGUCCCCCUCCUCCUCCUGCAUCCGCAGCUCGCGAGCCUCUGCGCUCCCGGCGAGGUUCCCGGAAACUCCUCGAUUUCCCUGUCGCCGCCGCGUUUGCAAGAAACCGAAACCCAGGCCCCGCCCCCCGCGCCAGCCGGGAGCUGGCAACUGGGGCCUGCGCCCGGGGCUGGGUCUGAACUGGGCGGCCGGAGCGGCCCCUCCCGGACCGACGGAGCCGAGAUGGAGGUGGGAGGCCCUUCUGAGUGCCAGGGCUGCGCUCGGCGCCCACCCCCUGCAGGUGUCGUCCCCAGCGGCUCAGCACCGCCCGCGGGAAAGCUGCAGUUCUAACCCGAUCGUUCAGGUUGCAUCCGAUGGCGGAGUGCCCAGCGAGGGCGGGGGGCAGCCAAGACAGCUCCCCUGCAACAAUGUAGAGGAAGCCGGCCAGCCCAGAGCCGGCCGCUCACCCCAACUCACCCCCAGCCUGGGCCGAGCAGGAAUGUGGAAGUUGGCCGGAAGAGCUCGCGCCCCCUCCCCUCCAAAAACACACCCAUCUCAGUCCCCGGGAAGCGUGAACUUGGGUCACCUAGGGCGAGGGGCUCCAGACCAGGACUCGAUUACCCAGGACGAAGUAGGGGUGCUGUUACCCCCAGCAAGGCCAAGAAGCCUGCCAGGGGCGCUGGCCGUAGUGCAAGACCCAUUGGCGGGGGUGGGGUGGGAGUAGGAAGGGUGGAGGAGGGUGCAGGUCCCAUCCAGCC